CAAAUAAUAUUGGGUGAUAUGGUCUGGUGUGGGGUUUUUCAGAAUCCAUCAGGCUUUAUCAAUCAGAUAAAGAGUCCUUUCUUUAUUCCUUUUUUUUUUUUUUUUUGCAUAAUGUAGGACUAAACAUCUGGAGGCUUAAUCUAAUCACUCAUCCUGAGUGUCAACCCAAGUCCUUCGCUAUUUGGGGUAAAUUGUUAUGAACCCCAUAGUGGCCGUAGCGUGACAGUGUAUUCCAGUGUUCGUUAUUGUGUAUUUGGUGUAACAGAGGGUUCGCUGACGACUAUGCCAUGAAACAUUUCCUGUUGGCCACGCAUACGCUGAUUCACGGGUGAGUAAAGCACCAGCUGAGAUUUGGCGCGUGGCGUGUCGGUGCAUGUCGCGGGAGAGGUGUUUUAUAAGCGCCCAUCAGGGACGUGCCGGGCAGAUUCAGGUGUUCGUUGAAUGGAACGGACCAACCAUAGUAACAUUCAGUUUUGAGAAGUUUUUUGUGGAUUCCAUUAAUUUAUAGUUCUGGAACAUGAGGAGUGUUGGGAUUUUUCUCUGCAUGGUAUUUAUCUCUUACCCUGUUGAUGGAACAUAUCGAUUCGAACGAGGAGCUCACUGCCAGUGCAACGGGAAAGCGCUGUACUGUGUCAGGGAUACUCAGGGCUUGCUCUGCGUGAAGUGCCAAGGAAACACAGAAGGCCGGCAAUGUGAACUCUGCAAGGAGGGAUACUACCACCAGAGGGCAGACCAGAGCUGUAUCUCCUGCAACUGCAACCCUACAGGUUCCCAGGGUUCCCCUUGUGACAGCGAGGGCCGCUGUCGUUGCAAAGAGGGCUUUAAGGGGGAGAAGUGUGACCGCUGUGCUAACGGUGCUCCAAUCUCAGCCACAGGCUGCGCACCUCUCAAGUAAGUGGGGCUUACAUAGUGUGGGAGCCGAAGGCAAGACAUAUUGUGGUCUGUGCUAUCAUUUGUGGGCUGUAAUUGAGAAAGCUUUUGCCUUGACUCCGAUAAGGAGUUGAUGAUCUACAAGAGUUUUUGUCUCUAGAUUCGCAUUGUUUUGAAAGACAAUAUUAUUGUUCUAACUCUAAUUCAUGUCUGUUACAGUUUAAAAU